CUUUAAGGAAGGAAGGCAGCUGCAUCAUUUCUAUUCAGAUCCGUGUGAUUCUGAGGGCUUUGUUCCUGAAAAGGUUACGCAAGAGAAAGUGAUCUCAAAGUUCAAAGGAGGAAAGCACCGAUUCCUGUCUUUCUGUGGGGAAAAAGGAGCCGAAGAAGAAGAAGAUGUCUAAACCUAAUUACUCUGGGACGUUUCAUAUGAUAGAGCAGGAAAACAUGGACGAGUAUCUCGCUGCUUUAGACAUAAAUUUCGCCUUGAGGAAGAUUGUGUGCCUGCUGAAGCCCACCAAGGAGAUCACCCACGACCCUGCCUCGGGAGCCAUGAGGAUUCGUACCCUCACCACCUUCAAGAACUUCAACAUGGACUUCACUAUAGGAAAAGAAUUCACCGAAGACCUGGGGCCUGUGGACGGCCGUACCUGUCAGACCACGGUGGACUGGGCAGGAGACAAGCUGGUUUGUGUGCAGAGAGGAGAGAAGGAAGGACGAGGCUGGACUCACUGGCUGGAAGGAGACAAGCUCCACCUGGAGAUGAGAGUUCAAGACAUCGUCGCCAAGCAAGUCUUCAAAAAGGCUGAUUGAAGUUUCUGCAGAUGCGCUGCAGCCAUCUGCUAAGCAGUCAGUACCAGAACUGAAUCAUAGCAUUUUUAUUAUAGUCCCUAACAAAUGAUACCGAUACCAUAAAAGAAGGUUUGUUUUUUGGAGAGUGUUCUGAUUAAUUGUAAUAAAAUAGCAAAAAUGACUAAACAU